UCGGCAUGUACGUCGGUCUCCGUCGAAGGCGACGCUACGUACUGCAUCUUGGGAUCGGUUUGCGUUGGCGCUGGCAUCGCGCCCUUGGGCAUCGCGUGCCCGCGCAAGGGAGCUGUGGCGUCGGCAGACUGCAACUCCAACGCACCGAGCUUUCUUACUGGCUCAACGUGCGUUCUCUCCCAUGACGCCGUGUGCCAAAAGCUAGCCACAGGUGCCUGGGGAUGCGCUCUCUCCUCGUCGCAUCCUACGGACGAGCCAUGCCCGACUGAGCGCCCUCGCCCGACUGAUGCACCGUGCCCCACCGAGCGCCCUCGCCCGACCGAUGCGCCUUGUCCGACUGAGCGACCCCACCUGUCGUGUACAUUGGUAUCGGUGCAAGGCGAUGCGACGUACUGCAUCAAUGGCCCGGUCUGCAGUGGCGCAGGCCUUUCGCCCGACGGCGUCAGCUGCCCGGAUGCGGGCACCGUGGCUUCGGGCGACUGCCACCCACACUUGGGUAGCUACGUUGCUGCCAGCAACAGCUGCGUCCUCUCAAAAUCGGCCACGUGCCAAAAGACCGCCACCGGCGCCUGGGGCUGCGUUCCAUCCACGUAG